AUGGAUUUUGACUACUUUAUCGAUCUAUGUGGCCGAUCGCUCUUCGCAGAGGAAUACAAAGGUGAUUUCGAUGCAGCAUGGGAAUACCUACAAUCAGUCCGGUCUGACAAACUGGACCUAAGCGAGAGUGCUGAAUUCCUACGCUGCUCAUCCAUAUACGCAAUCCUAGUCGGAAAUUUCGCCGAUGCAUACAACCACCUCGAAUCCCUCCAUACUCUACUUCCACAAUUACCACAAGAAUGGGGUCUGCGAUACACAAACUACAAAGUUCUGGCUGACUACACACGUCGCUUCCCGCCAGCACUCCGCUUCUACCAUGAGAGGGGAUGGCCACUCAACACCGUCAUGCUAAACGAUAUAAUCGGACCCAAAGUUAUUUCCCAGAAUUUUAUGGCAAAUAUAAGCAAGUACCUUCCGCUCGGCGUCCCUCGAGAUCAAGGUCUUUCCCUGGUUUUGAAUCAAGUGAUGUGGACCGCCCCGCAUGUCCGGGACCUUGCAUUUCGAUUCCAUCCGCUAUCGCCUCCUGGCACCCGUAAUGAGUCAACUCCUGCGCAACAAAUUGCGCAGAUAACGAGUCCUUGGCUGAAAUACCGCGCGGAUGCGGAUGCAAACGGCGCGGCGAGUAUCGCGGCUUAUUUGACCCGGUUGGUGGUUGAAGCACAUGUUGCGUGUCAGAGUCCUGAGACCGGGAUCAUGCUGGAUGAUUUGUACCAACGAUGCGAAAGGAUGGAUGAUCUUGCCGGAAUGGCGAACGCCAAAUUGAUGGAAGGAGAUAAUAUCCUCUGUGUGCCAUUCACGAGUCCGCUUGCGAUGAACUUGAUCGUGCUAGAUACAACCGGUUUGAUUGGGAAUGACGCGAUCUGGGACCCAAUUGAGCGUAGUCUUGAGUUCGAUUAUUCCGCUGAUGUGAAGCAGUGUUAUGAUUCUGCGUAUAAGCUCUUUAGAAAAUGCAAGAGAGGACGGGCCAUGGUCUUACUUCGGCAGGGAUGCUGUCUGCAUCACGCCGCGCGUUGCCGGCGACAUGUAGACAAGCCAUACUUUGAUCUAUUGGGUGAGGCGGAAGUCAAAUUUCAAGAAGCGCUGGAGAUGUUUGGUAGAGAUGAAGCUCAUCUACAGUUGGUCAAAGCUCAUCAGAUCCUACUUGCGAUUACCAAGGGCAAUAUCCAGCGUGUGAAGACAGCUGCAAGAGAGAUUGGAACUUGGUGCGCCGGUGCGAAGAAUGAGAUACUGGCCCAUUUUAUUGGACAGCUUAUCUCUAUUUUUGCCAAUCAGGAGUGGAUUGAAUACUUCAACAUGGAUGCGGCCUUGCAGGCCUGGGAAUGUGCCUACGAGGUCCUGAUGCCGAUAGGCGACAUGAUCCCUUUGUUUCAAAUCGUGUUGGGUCGUGUGACCCUUCAACACGAGUGGAACAACAUGGCAGCAGUUCGAAUACUCAUGAAGGAAGCACUGGCCAUGGUCGAUGGUGUACUAGAGUAUUUCCGCGACAGGAUCUCCUCUAUUCCAGACACCGAGCAGGGUGAAACAGAUCGGAAAAUUGUUCGAGUGAGAAAAGCAACAGUCUUUUGGAAUUUCGAUCAAAUUUUUCGCAAAGUUUUCUGCGAGUAUGAUGACUUGAGUUCACCGUCUGAGUGGCCAGCUAAGUUCAACCAUUUGCUUGAAACCGAUGAGGAUCUCCGAGCUUGGGUGAAACAAGUAGAGAAUAUGGACCAUGAUACUCGGCUGUUUAAGGGUCGAAUAGCGCUUCUCAAGGGCGGUUUCAAGAAUGUGUGGCAAAGGGGGCUAGCUGAAAACGAGAUAUCUACGAAGCAUAGGUUCGCACAAGCUGGCUAUCAGAGACUUUUGGAUGAAGGCGAUAUACUGGAAGCAGAAGACACACUGCGUCGAUACCUGAAUGAGACGGAGCAUAAGGAGCCAACCCGCAUUGAUAUUCUUCGAGUGUUGGCUGCCGAUUACAUUGGAGACCGAGUCAAAGCACGACAAAUUUUAGACUCCAUCACCGAUGAUCUGUUGUUCGAUGGACAUUUGGAAAGUUAUCGGCAAGGAUUAGAUUUGCGGUCAUCUCUUCCACUGAGUGCUCAAAAUGCGCUGGUCGGUUGCUUAAGAGGAGGAGAUAUGGAAAGAGGUCGAAGGUGUAUCAAAAUGAUCAUAGAGAUGAUUCCGGGGUUCUUUGAUUCGUUUUUGGAUAACGGCCUGGAUCAUUCGUUUCGAUUGGGGCAAUAUGCGGCAUUGAUGAAAGAAUUGCAACCUGAGAUAUCCUUCACCAUGCUUCUGCGGGCUCGAGAGAUUGUUGAAACCCGGAUUAAACAGAUGUCGGAUCCGGAUGCACGUGUGUGGAGCUCGAAUGGCCCUUGGAGAACGGAGGUCUAUCUUGACCUUGCGCGUAUCUGUCUGACUGCGGAGCAAUCCCCUCUUCCUAUCAGCCUAUUGUCAGGGUACGCGCAUGGUCAUCCGGAGGGAAUAUCUUGGACAGACCAUGCACUGCUUUUCAUUGAGAUGAGCAGAGCACGCGCGGUACUAGAGGUAUUGCAGACACAGGCGACCAAUUCUGGCGCCCCUAAAACCAUGCUUAUAUCGGAGGCCAUUCAUAAACGUCGUCUUUUGAGAUCACUGCUGUCUCUGAAGACAUUGACUGCAGACCAAGAGGAAGAAAUUGCACAGUUACAAGAAGAAAUUACAGGUUUGGAGGAGGACGGCACCCUUUCUUCGGCAACCACCUUUAUCGAAACGGUGAAUUCCACCAUUGAACCAAACCUUUUAUAUCAGAGCAUUGACAAUAAUGCUGUGGUCAUUGAGGCAACGUUUGAUAGUCGAGGAUUGAUUGCGUUUGCAGUGACCAGUGAUGGUAUUCAGCAAAUAUCUCAAUCGUCAAUAAAACAAGUGGAUAUACGAAGACCCGUGAUGAGGGCCAUGAAAAUCAUGAGAGAAAUGAACGGUUACAUCAGCGAGGAGGAAGGAAAUCGCAAAUCAACUCUCAACGAUCUGUGUAAUGAAAUCUCGGAGGUGCUGCUUGUGCCAUUCGCAGAGACCAUUAGAACCAAAUCGCAUGUCAUUUUCUCGGUAUCCAACCCGCUGACAGCGUUCCCUUUCUCAAUCCUCCCAUUUGAUCACAAGCCACUCAUCAUGCAGGCCGAAGUCUCCCAAGUCCCCAGUAUGUCUGUCCUAUAUUAUCUCUCCCAGCGCAAGUCAGCAUCGGUAUCACCGACAGUUUCAGUUCUGGCAAAGUCGCCUACAGAAGAGCCAUACGGCGCUACGCGAGGCGGCGAGGAGGUAAAUCUACACAUGGCGGGCAUAGAAGCUGUCAACAUUGCCCGGAUGUUUGGUACAUGGCCCAUCGAAGCGUCCCAACUAUCUCGGAAGGACUUUCAGCACUAUAUUGAGGGGGGAUCACCGAUCAUGCAUAUUGGAACGCACGGUGACAUCAACCCCCGUAACCCUCUCCUCUCGUCUAUUUCGAUUGGUCAAGGCCAGGAAUUCCGCGUGGUUGACAUGUCCGCGAUCCAAAGCAAUGUGAAUCUGCUGGUUUUCGCCGCUUGUCUAAGCGGGCUUGGAAAGGCAACGAUCGGCAUGGGCUGUGGCGGAAGCCAUGCGAGCGGCGCAGUUGCAUCUCCUACAUUUGGACACGGAAAAGGCCGGGAUACUUCUUGA